GGAGGAGGAAGGGGCCAUGGGAGCAGAGGAGGUGGCUCCUGCCUCGGUUGAGGGCUCUGAGGGUCCUUGCCUGAGGAGGCAGAGGAUCUGGGUGUGGGGCGGUGCUCUGGAAUGCAGCCCCCUUCACUGCUGCUGCUGCUGCUGUGUCACUCAGUCGUCAAGACCAGAGUGCUUCGGUGUGGGGACUUCCCAGAACCCUGUGCCAACGGAGGCACCUGCCUGAGCCUAUCUCAGGGACAAGGGAGCUGCCAGUGUGCCCCUGGCUUCCUGGGUGAGACAUGCCAGUUUCCUGACCCCUGCCAGGAUGCCCAGCUCUGCCAGAAUGGGGGCAGCUGCCAAGCUCUGCUUCCCGCCCUCCCAGGCUCCCCCAGCCUUCCCUCUCCCUUGGCCCCCAGCUUCUCCUGCACCUGCCCCUCUGGCUUCACUGGCCAGAGGUGCCAGGCCCAACUCAAGGACCCCUGUUCUUCCUUCUGUUCCAAAAUGGGCCGCUGCCAUAUCCAGGCCUCAGGCCGCCCACGAUGUUCCUGUCUGCCUGGAUGGACAGGUGAGCAGUGCCAGCUUCGGGACUUCUGCUCAGCCAAUCCCUGCGUCAAUGGAGGGGUGUGUCUGGCCACGUACCCCCAGAUCCAGUGCCGCUGCCCACCUGGCUUCGAGGGUCAUGCCUGCGAACAUGAUAUCAAUGAGUGUUUCCUGGACCCAGGGCCCUGCCCCAAAGGCACUUCCUGCCAUAACACCUUGGGAUCUUUCUGGUGUCACUGCCCCACUGGGCAGGAGGGUCCACGCUGUGAGCUCCAGCCAGGACCCUGCCCCCGCAAGGGCUGUCCCAAUGGGGGCACCUGUCAGCUGGUUCCAGGGAGAGACUCCACCCUCCACCUCUGCCUCUGCCCCCAAGGUUUCCGAGGCCCGAGCUGUGAGGUGAAUCCAGAUGACUGUGCUGGGCACCAGUGUCAGAACGGGGGCACUUGCCUGGAUGGGCUGAGCACCUACACGUGCCUCUGCCCAGAGGCCUGGACAGGCUGGGAUUGCUCCGAAGAUGUGGAUGAAUGUGAGGCUCAGGGUCCCCCUCGCUGCCAAAAUGGGGGUACCUGCCAGAACUCAGCUGGCAGCUUCCAUUGUGUGUGUGUGAGCGGCUGUGGAGGCACAGGCUGUGAAGAGAACCUAGACGACUGUGUUGCUGCCACCUGUGCCCCGGGAUCCACCUGCAUCGAUCGUGUGGGCUCCUUCUCCUGCCUUUGCCCACCUGGCCGCACAGGACUCCUGUGCCACAUGGAGGACAUGUGCCUGAGCCAGCCAUGCCACGGGGAAGCCCAGUGCAGCACCAAUCCCCUGACAGGCUCUCCACUCUGCCUGUGUCAGCCUGGCUACUCGGGGCCCACCUGCCACCAGGACCUGGACGAGUGUCAGAUGGCCCAGCAAGGCCCCAGUCCCUGUGAACACGGCGGCUCUUGCCUCAACACCCCUGGCUCCUUUGACUGCCUCUGUCCCCCUGGCUACACGGGCUCCCGCUGCGAGGCUGAUCACAAUGAGUGCCUGUCCCAGCCCUGCCAUCUAGGCAGCACCUGCCUGGACCUGCUUGCCACCUUCCACUGCCUCUGCCCACCAGGCUUAGAAGGGCAGCUCUGUGAGGUGGAGACAGACGAGUGUGCCUCUGCUCCUUGCCUGAACCACGCUGACUGCCAGGACCUCCUCAACGGCUUCCUGUGUGUCUGCCUGCCUGGAUUCACUGGCUCCCGGUGUGAGGAGGACAUCGAUGAGUGUGGAAGCUCUCCCUGUGCCAACGGUGGGCAGUGCCAGGACCAGCCUGGAUCAUUCCACUGCGAGUGUCUUCCAGGCUUUGAAGGCCCUCGCUGUCAGGCCGAGGUGGAUGAGUGUCUGAGUGGCCCAUGCCCCACUGGAGCAAGCUGCCUGGAUCUCCCAGGAGCCUUCUUUUGCCUCUGCCCCUCUGGCUUCACAGGUCAUCUCUGUGAGGUUCCCCUGUGUGCCCCCAACCUGUGCCAGCCCAAGCAAAAAUGCCAAGAUCAGGAAGACAAGGCUCACUGCCUCUGCCCCGACGGAAGCCCUGGCUGUGCCCCCGUUGAGGACAACUGCACCUGCCACCACGGACACUGCCAGAGAUCCUCAUGUGUGUGUGAUGUGGGAUGGACAGGACCAGAAUGUGAAGCAGAGCUAGGGGGCUGCAUCUCCACGCCCUGUGCGCAUGGGGGGACCUGCCACCCCCAGCCCUCGGGCUACAACUGUACCUGCCCCACAGGCUACACAGGCCCCACCUGCAGCGAGGAGCUAACGGCUUGUCACUCAGGGCCCUGUCUCAAUGGUGGCUCCUGUAGCCCCAGCCCUGGGGGCUAUUCCUGCACCUGCCCUCGGAGCCACACUGGGCCCCGCUGCCAGACAAGCACUGACCACUGUGCCUCUGCCCCGUGCCUCAAUGGGGGUACCUGUGUGAACAGGCCUGGCACCUCCUCCUGCCUCUGUGCUGCGGGCUUCCAAGGCCCACGCUGUGAGGGAAGGACCCGUCCUAGCUGUGCAGACAACCCCUGUAGGAACAGGGCAACCUGCCAAGAUGGUCCUCAGGGUCCCCACUGCCUCUGCCCCCCUGGCUACACAGGAGACAGCUGCCAGACUCUGGUGGACAUCUGUGCCCAGAAGCCCUGUCCACACAAUUCCCACUGCCUCCAGACUGGGCCCUCCUUCCAGUGCCUGUGCCUCCAGGGAUGGACCGGGCCUCUCUGCAACCUUCCACUGUCCUCCUGCCAGAAGGCUGCUUUGAGCCAAGGCACAGAAGUUUCUUCCCUGUGCCAGAAUGGAGGUCUCUGCAUCGACAGUGGCUCCUCCUAUUUCUGCCACUGCCCCCCUGGAUUCCAAGGCAGCGUAUGUCAGGACAGGGUGAACCCAUGUGAGUCCAGGCCCUGCCAACAUGGGGCCACGUGCAUGGCCCAGCCCACUGGGUAUCUCUGCCAGUGUGCCCCAGGCUACAAUGGACAGAACUGCUCAAAGGAAUCCAACACUUGUCAAUCCCAGCCCUGUCACAACCAUGGGACCUGCACCCACAAACCUGGAGGCUUCUACUGCACCUGCCCUCCAGGGUUUGUGGGGCUGCGCUGUGAAGGGGACGUAGAUGAGUGUCUGGAUCAGCCCUGCCACCCCCCAGGCACUGCAGCCUGCCACUCUCUGGCCAAUGCUUUCUACUGUCAAUGUCUGCCUGGAUACACGGGCCAGUGGUGUGAAGUGGAGACAGACCCUUGCCAGAGCCGGCCCUCCUCCAACGGAGGGUCUUGUGAGACAACAGCAGGACCACCCCUGGGUUUCACCUGCCACUGCCUCCAGAUAGAUCAGACAGCCCAGCAGUAUUCCGGCAAUGUCUCUUGUGACCACCAGAGGGCGGGGUUUGGCUGCUCUUGACAAGGACACUGCUCCAUUUCAACAGAAGAUCCAAAUUAAUCUCCUUCAGGACUUAGUUCACAGUCUUCGCCAGUUGCCUUAAGGACUACCUAUUCGCUUCUAUGCUCUAGUUUCCUUGGGAUCUAUUGAAAAUGCUAUGCAAGUAACAACUUAAAGUAAUACGCUGACUAGAAGAUGUCCCUUCUUACACAUGCAGACACAUAAAACUUUGAAUGUCUGAAUGAAGGUGGACGUUCACCUAACAUAAUAUAGAAAAUGAACCCACAGUGAUCAAAGACCUAAAUUUAAGAGAUAAAACUAAAACUCUGAGAAGAAAGCAUAAGAACAAGUCUUCCUGACCUUAUUUUGGCAUCUGUUUCUUAAGGAUGAUACCAAAAUCAACAAGAGGAAAAACGCGUAUGUGGAUAAAUGGUCACCAACAUGAUUGCCUUUCCACUUGGCUCUUCAUGUGCUCCAGGCACCAGGCAAGAAUCGUACAAAUCAUUUCUCAAGUGAUUCGUCUGACAACCCACUUAGCAACAUCAGUUCUUUCUCCAUUUCAGAGAUGGGGUCGUGAGGCUCAUAGGAACCCGUGGGGUCACUCAACUACAAAGAGGCUGAGCAGGUUCUAGAACUGCUGUCUCUCUGCCUUUGAACCCUGUGUCCGUCCACACUGCUCCACCCAGGAACCCAGAGGUCUGCAAAUCUUCCAUAUCAAAUCUCUAGGCCUGAAGACCUCACUGAACUGAGGGGGCAGUGUUGCCUGCCCUUAUGACUGGGGCUUGGCUUGUUGGCCAAGGAAUGGCAGCCAGCCUUUAUCUGAGAAAGAGGAGGUUUCUCCCUGGGCACCAGGAACAAAGGUUCAUGUAGCUUCAGGGCUGAGAUGCCUCUUCUGCAGCAUCUGAUUGCAGCCUUCUUGUCAGGUAGGCCCCACAGGGGUGACAAGCACCAAAUUCGAAUCCUACCUCCGCCUCUCUGUGGGGCAUAGAAGGGGAGAGUUCCCUCAGUCAAAGAGGGACAGCAUUUCUACCUUCCUCAUGGAAUUGUUAUGGUGACUUAGUGACAUGAUUCAUGUCCCAAAAAGACACUCAGUAAUCCUUAGCUGUACCUGUACAUGUUACUCCACUGUGAGCCCACUGCUGCCAUGGACUCAACCUCUGCAUUCUCUGUCCCCUCUGCCUGGCACGCCCUGCUCCCUCUGACUCAACUGUCCCUCCAGAAAGCCUUUUAUCACCUCCAGUGUGGGUGGAGUGUCCCUCAACUGGGCUCCCACAGCACUGUUGUUCACCCAUCACACCCAGGCCAGCCCUAGCACUGGACAUCACCCACAGCUUGUGUCUCUGGACAUAGUCCCAAGUGUUGAGAUCUGUGCUCUGGAGUUCCCUGAACUGUCAGCUCCUCCUUGGACCAUAUGUUGUAGUGCUCACUGAAGGAGCUCUUUCCCUCCAAAGCAGCCAAAGCGAGCUGCCCUCAGCCCCAUGGCACCUGCCUUCCCCACCCCUUCUGUGCAAUCAGUGGUGCACAGCAUCUUGGGCCUCAUUGGAUGCCAGGAUCCCAGUGCCUUUUGGUGCUUAGUAUUGAAAAUAUUUUCUGGAGGUGAAUUUGGGUUUUGAUGGAAACAUCAGUAGGAUGAAGCGUGGCCACUUCCAACAAACCACCACAGAGCCCCUGACCAAUAUGGCAGUAACCCAGCUCAUGGCAGCCUUUCCCCCUUAGUCCUCACGACUCUCCUCUCUUACCUGCUCCCCAUUCAAUGGUGUUUCUCUCUCUUUCUGCAGGGAGAGCCCCAAGUUUCCUCCUUCUGAGGAUCUAUCUCCUCUGUCUGGGGAGCCCCAUCUUGUGGCAGAGAAGACAUAGGUUGCUGCCCGUGGCCUCUCUUACUGCUUCAGAUCAAGUGGACUCUCCCUGAGUUGACUUUAUGGGAGGAGAGGAACCCCCGCUUCUCCUCACAUGGUAUCUUGAACAGGAAGCACAGCCCCUUCUCUCACAAAAAUUGAACUUGAGGGAUACCAAGGUUGGGGCUAGCAGGUGCAGGGGGUCACUGCCGGAGGAGCCUGAGGGGUGUUGAGGGGUAUACCCAGUGCCAAAACCCCUGGCUGAGGCUCUAUCUAUCCUGCAGCUUCCAUGAGCACUUAAUGUGAUUUGUAAAGGUCUCCCUUGCUCACAGAAGUUCAAGUGGUUCUUGCUGUUGCCAAUAAAACUACAUCUGGAUGAAUACAUUCAAAUACA